GCAAGAGCAAGCAAGGUUGGGGCUUUAUUGUAUUGACAAGUAGUAAAACCAGAGUAUGAAACUUUACUCAAUUUUGGAAGAAACUGUAUUGUGAAGUAAUUUGUUGAAAGCCCAAGGUAGAACACAAGCUACAACAGCCCUGUAAGUACAGCACAAAGCAAAAUCACAACGUAAUUGCGUCCUGAAGCCUGCCAGUUAAGGAUUUAAUGGUCGUGUGGUUGACAGACAGAUUACGAAUGUGAUCACAUCUGAAGGAUGCAUGUUGAAGCUUGUUAUCACAUAUUAUCCGUCCACAUGUGAAACCUAGUAGAACAAGAUAGAUGAGGAGAAAGAGGGUAAUGUUAUCUGGCUCUGUCUACUUGUACUAAUUUAAUUAAAACAUAAAGCAUCCAUCGGCAUCGUCCUACAUACUAAGUAAGACAAAAACACUCAAGAAGGAAUCUUAAGCAACCAGGAGGCAUACAAAAACACUCAAGAAGGAAUCUUAAGCAACCAGGAGGCAUCGCAAGGACUGCGGAUGUUCUCAAUCCGAAUGCGUUUAAAGGAAUCCUUUUCAGGAAUCAUACAGCUUUCUUCUGAGAGUAGGAUGAAUAUAUAUAUCCCCAACAGCAUCAGGAUUAAAAAACAUCGAAAGUUGUUGUAAACCAAAUUAUUGGUCUGCUUCAUGGUUAUGACUCAAUGUUUCAUCAAGCAGAAUAAUCCAAUCCUGAUAAUUUAUGGACGGAGAGGGCCGGAAGGUUCCAAGUUUUAACCUGUAACUCCGGAAAAAACCAAAAGAAAGUGUUUCAAAACCCGAUUAAACUAUGCAUGAUUUGGAUCUCAAAUAAAUGAGGGACCCUUCCAAGUGGUCUAUUCUGUCCAUCAAGGGGAGAAUUAACGAUCCAUUGGCUAAACUUCAAAGUUUAUGUAACGGUGAGCAUCAGAAAGGCCCUACAAUGAGAUUUAUGCUGUCAAUGGACUGGUUUCUAAUUGGUAGGACUGCAUACAAAGGACCAUAGUAAUGCACAAUAAUCACAUUUUUUUAUUCACUAUCCAAUCCAAUAUAAAUCUAACGGAUGCAAAUAAACCAAAGGGGUAUCCGAUUUCGCCAAAAUAAUCAUUCAAAUACUGACAAAGACCAAAUUCUAGAAAGAUGCUUUGUGAAAUCCCACUCCUCCAUUACCGACUUAGUUUAUAAUCCAGAACACCCCCCUCCCCUCUUGACAAAGAACCAAACUCCUCCUUCUCACAAAGGAAAAAAGAAAGGAAAUGGGUCUAGUUUAUGAAACUCCUCAAAGUUUAAUUGGUGCAGAAGGGUUCUAUCCUAGUGUCCUCAUGGUAUCGACAAUCUCCACGGUGUUAGCCAUGGUGGCAGGAGUAUUGGUCUAUCUGUAUGGGCCCUAUUGGGGGGUGAGAAGGGUGCCUGGUCCACCAGCUCUCCCGUUGGUAGGACACCUGCCCUUGAUGGCAAAGUACGGUCCUGAUGUGUUUUCAGUCCUUGCCAAACGAUAUGGUCCUGUUUUCAGGUUUCAUAUGGGUAGACAACCCUUGAUAAUUGUAGCAGACCCGGAGCUCUGUAAAGAAGUUGGAAUAAAGAAAUUCAAAGACAUUCCCAACAGAAGCAUUCCCUCACCUAUCGCAGCCUCCCCACUUCAUCAAAAGGGUCUCUUUUUCACGAGGGAUGCAACAUGGUCGACUAUGAGAAAUACAAUAUUAUCUGUCUACCAGCCAUCACACUUGGCAAGCCUUGUUCCAACCAUGCAAAAUAUUAUUGAAUCUGCCACUGAAAAUCUCCAUGCUUCUGAAGAGGGCAUCACUUUUUCUAACCUCUCACUCAAACUGGCCACUGACGUAAUAGGACAAGCUGCUUUCGGGGUUAACUUUGGCCUCUCCAAACCAAAAUCAACAAGUGAAUCAACCAGGACUGUAGAUGACCAAGGCAGUCAAAACGACGAAGUGUCUGACUUCAUCAAUCAACACAUCUACUCCACAACACAACUUAAGAUGGACUUAUCAGGUUCUCUUUCAAUUAUAAUAGGUCUGCUUGUCCCCAUAUUACAGGAGCCUUUCAGGCAGAUUUUGAAAAGAAUACCAGGAACUAUGGACUGGAAAGUUGACAGGACUAAUAAGAAGUUGAGUGGCCGGCUUAACGAGAUUGUAUCAAUCAGAAUGAAAGAGAAGAACCGAGGUUCAAAGGAUUUCUUGUCUCAAAUAUUGAGUGCAAGGGAAUCAGAGAAUGUGGCUAAGAAUGCUUUUACUCCGGACUACAUUAGUGCAGUUACUUAUGAGCACCUUCUUGCUGGAUCAGUAACAACUUCCUUUACACUAUCCUCCAUUGUAUAUUUAGUUGCUGGACAUCCAGAGGUGGAGAAAAAAUUGCUGGAAGAGAUUGAUGGCUUUGGGCCGCAUGACCGGGUGCCAACUGCUUAUGACCUUCAACAUAAAUUUCCAUAUCUUGAUCAGGUGAUUAAAGAGGCUAUGAGGUUCUACACAGUUUCCCCAUUAGUAGCUAGAGAAACAUCAAAAGAAGUGGAGAUAGGAGGUUACCUUCUACCUAAGGGAACGUGGGUCUGGUUAGCACCUGGUGUCUUGGCAAAAGAUCCAAAGAACUUCCCAGAACCAGAUAAGUUUAAGCCAGAGAGGUUUGAUCCGAACUGUGAGGAAGAGAAAAGAAGGCAUCCUUAUGCUCUCAUACCCUUUGGAAUUGGGCCCCGGGCAUGCGUUGGCCAGAAAUUCUCCUUGCAGGAAAUCAAACUCUCCUUGAUACACUUAUAUCGGAAUUACACAUUUCGACAUUCCUUUAGCAUGGAGAAACCUUUGGAGCUCGAAUACGGCAUAGUUCUCAACUUCAAACAUGGUGUAAAGGUCACAGCUAUAAAAAGAACAUGAAGAUUUUGUACAUGGCUUGAGUUUUAUUUCCUCAGUCAUACAAAUGCACGAAAACUGAAGUAAAAGUGAUUUAAAGAAGAGCCAAAUAAACAAUUGUACAGAAUGGAUUGCCCUUGAAUCA